CAGGGAAAGAUGGCGGCCGGCUCUGGAGCCCGCAGCUCCGGCUCUGCUCUGGAGGCGUCUUUGGACCGGAGGUUUCAAGGAAUAUCCAACACUAUGGAGUCGAUACAGGGACUUUCUGGCUGGUGCAUUGAAAACAAAAAGCACCACGGCCUUAUCGUUCGCUACUGGAUGAAGUGGCUGAAGAAAUCUGACAACAAUCAUUGCUUGAAUCUUUUCUACCUUGCCAACGAUGUGAUACAGAACUGCAAAAGAAAGAAUGCCAUCGUCUUUCGUUCAUCCUUUGCAGAGGUCCUGCCCAAUGCUGCUCAGCUCAUCAAAGACGGGAAGGUCCGUAAGUCAGUGGAGAGGAUCUUUACCAUUUGGGAGGAGCGCAGUGUGUAUCCUGAAGAGGUCAUCACCCAGUUUAAAACCAACCUGAACAAAAAGGAAAAGGAGCGAGAGAAGCAGAAGGAGAGGGAGAAGGAGAAGGAGAAAGAGAAGGAGAGGGAGAGGGAGAAGGAGAGAGAGAAGGAGAAGGAGAAAGAAAAGGAGAAGGAAAAAGAAAAGGAGAAGGAAAAAGAAAAAGAAAAAGAGACUCCUCCUGCUAAAGUUGCUAUUUUAUUGAAAUCUUCAGCUCCGACCAACACCAGAGCUGCCCUCAAGUCCAAGAUUGUAGCUGAGUUCACGCCCAACUCCCUCAUCGAAAAGUUGUCGAGAUACAAGCGAGCAGUUGCAGAGGAGGAGUUCAGGGAGAAGCAGCUGGCAACUCUCAGAGUGGAUGUCUGCAGCACAGAGGCCCUCAAGAGGCUCAAAGACAAGGCUGGAGGGAACAAGUUUGCUAAGGACUUUGAGGAUGGCAGUCUGAAGCUGCAGGAGUUUGUCAGCUUCCUGGAGAAGGAGUUGAAAACAGGGCCUCCUCUGGUGGAAGCUUUGGGAAACGCAGACAUUUUCUAUGAGAUGCAGUACAAGGAGGUUAAGAUCGUGGCUAAUGCGUACAAUGCUUUUGCCAACCGUGUGGCCAGUCUUAAAAGGAAAUUGGAUUCCCUCAAGUCCACUCUACCUGGACCUGAAGAUUCUCCUGUCCCUUCACCCUCUGAAGAUGCCCCCUCCCCCACCGGCUCUGACUCACCCUUCCUCGGACUGGGGGCCAGCAGAGCCCAGGUGGAUCCAGAGCUGGAUGGCAAGGCCAUGGAUGAAGGAGAAAUGCCCUCUGACAACAGAGACAUGGAAGACAUGGACGUGUCCGAUGAAGAAGACACGGUCUCAGCAGGCGAUGACAAGAAAGACAAGGCGUCCCCUGCUGUUGCCAAGACUACAAAGUUGGAUGCUGUGUCAAAGCCUCCGACCACACCUACAAAAGCUUCUAAGUCUAAUUCUGCUGCCACAGCCACCCCAGUGACUCCCACCUCUACCACUGCCCCAAAUACAUCAACCAACCCUCUGGGAGUUAAUCUGGCGAAGGUGGACCUGGGAAAGAUCAGCUCCAUUCUCAGUUCACUCACAUCUGCCAUGAAGAAUACAGCUAGUCCGUCACCUCGGCCAUCUCCGGGGACACCCACCACCCCGUCUGCCCAAUCGGUAGCUUCCAAAGCGACCCCUCCAAGUCCUGCACUGGCCAGCAUCCUGUCACGUGUUGACAUCACACCCGAAGGCAUCCUCAAUGCUUUGUCUAAAACAAACACAUCCGGGUUGUCCUCUCUCCUGCAAAGCGUGACAAACACUUCCUCCGCUCCUCCCACCCGCACCUCCCCAGAGUCAUCAACAGUUAAAACUCCGCUCACCCCGACCACCCCAAAAACAAAACCCACACUAGGGAACAGCCUCAAACGAGACACACCUGAGAGAACCAGAGACUGGGAGAAAGACAGACAGCUGUCCCCUCCUCCACCUCCGCCUCCUCGUCCCUCAGCUCUUUCUUCUCCCCCCAGCCUAGAAUCCAAAAUCAACAGUUUCUUGCAGGGUAAUCCAGGUUUUAGUCUGGCUCUAGGUGAUGUCAGUCCGGACGGUGUAGAUGGGACCCCGGUGAGAGACGAGGCUGCUGGCACCCCCACCCAGGAUGAGAUCAUGGACACACCUGGCAGCGUGCCAGAAUCUCUAGGCUCAUCCGGAGGUCAUAACCUCUCACCUACAGCAUACCGCAGUGAGCCCUGGGAUGCUGUGAUCACCCCGUCAGGAAGCAACAACGACGGUGACUUUUCGAGCUCCUCCUUCUCCCGGUAUGGAGCUGGGAAAAGGAGUGGUACAAAGUUAAAAGAUGAUGAAGCAAUGAGUGUGAGGAAGCAGGCUGCUGUUGCCUCCUCCGUCAGUAAUGAGCUGAUGAAGGGUAAGAAAGAUGGAAUGAAGAUGAUGGGAAACACCAGAAUGAUGGGAGAAAGGAGACUCUCUGCAAGCUCUCGUAAGGCCAGCACCGGCUCAGAUGAUGGAGGUAUGAGCGGCAAAAGAGACGACAAGGGGAAAAGUCGUCAGUCUCCAGGUAGGGAUGGGAAGGACGGCCAGUAUCAUCGUAUUGAGACACUAGUGUCGCCCUGCACUGAAGGGGCUCCCAUCCAAACUCUGGGUUACUCAAACCGGCCACUGGCAGGAGAGCGCAUCAAGACGGUAGAGAGCAUCCGCGUGAUCGGCCGAGGCUCUCGGCGAGGGGGAGGGGCUGGCGGUCGGCCAGGCGGUGCGAUGUGGUAUGAAGAGGAGGAGUACAUGGAACCUCAGCCUCCCUCACCGCAUUCUGUCCCCCCUCCUCUUAACCCAGAGGACAUGAACCCCUCUAUGCCUCCUCCUCUCCCUCAUCUUCUUCUUCCUCCACAUCUUCACCCUCCUCCGUCCCAUCCUCACUCACAUCCCCCUCCCCAGUUACCGUUCCAAAUGCCUUACCACACAGACAACAUGCAGACUCCUCCUCCAUCACACCUCCACCAGCAUCCUCCUCCUACAUCCCCUUUCUUCGGUGCCCCUCCGCCGAUCCCUCGACCUCCUCCGCCUCCCGUAUCGCAGCGCCCUUCCCCUCCACCUACACACUCCCCUGUGCCCUCAGCAGUCAUGGUUGGGGGCGUAUUGGUCCCUGUUGAUCGCCCCCUAUCUCUCCCUCCCCCAAUCAGACCUGAAGGCUCAGAGCGAGGGGGAAUGGGGCCCAGAGGAAACAAAGUGACCCCUCCUCCCCUCAUGUCGUCGUUAUUAGGCGAGCCUCCUAAACUCCCCCGUCCCGGCACAGUUAAAGAGCCUUUCGUCCCCCGCCAUGCUCCCCCCCUCCACCGCCCAGGCACCCCCGGCGUUCCUCCACCCUUACUGGGCAGAGUGAAGGAACCUCUGAAUCUACCUCUUCCAUCCCCAUCUCCCACAUCCUCCACCCCCUCCCCUUCCACCCCUAACUCCCCCGCAGCUGACACCAUGCCUGCUCGCACGCUUGCUCAGCCUGGUGCCCCUUCUCUCCAGAAACCCCCUGCCAGUCCGCCAGCUCAGUCUCGCAACCAAUCCUCUAACCCCGUACCCCUCCUGAACCUGCCAAACCCUCGCCCCCCCAUCCUGUCAGUCCCCAUCCCGCAGAGACCUCUGCUGCGAGGCCGAACCCCCUCUCAGCAGUUUAACAAAGAUCUCCCCGUAGGGGGGUUUCGUGGCAACAAGCGGCCCGGUCCUCCAUUCACAGGUGGUCCCUUCCAUGCACAGAAGAGACCCUUCCUACCCCCGCGCUACUGAAGUGGUCAUCUACGACAUGCUGAAUGAGAAGCGCAAGCCACACAUCUAGCUAAACCCAGUGCAGUGUGUGUGUUAGCCCUGCUGGUAUGAGCCUAGAUAUCUUUUACUAUGUUAAUUAGCUUGAAUUAAAACUACCUUCAGUUGUGUGUAAAUAGCUGAUUAAAUCAUGCUACAAGCCAGCCAGUCAUCUUACACUGUACAGUACAGUAAGAGGUCAUCAGUCACAUAGUGCAGAGUGUCAUGUAAUCCUUAAUCUACCCAUAUUUUUCCACCCCUCCAUACAAAGGAGAUAAGUUUCAUUAGGAGUAACAAAACACAGAAGAAUAGAAACUUCACAUCUGGUCAUCCUGUUUUAAACCAUUACAGUUUUCCUACUUGUGUGAUU